AUGACCACCCUUGUUGCGCGUCAACCCUUACAGACGCUGUCGAUGUCGUCUUCUCAACGACCGCCGCGUCGAUUGAGCGCUCGGUUACAGGAGAAGGAGGAUGCGCAACCCCACACAAACGGGUACCACCUGACCACCAAGAAUCAGACCCUCAGCUCUGCAAACGAUGGAGUACCGAUGCGAAGAUCCCAAGACAAACCUCCGGCAGCCAAGAAAAGAAGGAUUGAUUAUGAUGAAGAAGACGAUGGCUUCAUGUUCACCCGCGCAAAAGCACACAAACCUAGGCCCUCCACCUCGAAGAUUGUAUCGAUCCCCGAGCAACAUGUACCCGAAAUGGAGAAUAGUCGGCCCGCGAGGGUGGACGAUGAGGUUCAAGCACACCAGGAGCAGGAAUCCAAAGGGCCUUCGAAGAAGCGAAGGAACAAGAUGUCCUUUUCCACCCCAAAUGUCAGAGUGGAGAAGCCCGUGCGGCGAUCGAAGAGGCUAUCAGAUGAUGUCGAAGGAAAGGAUGGGAGUCCGCAGCAGAAGAUCAGUAGAAGGGAUGAGGCACAGCAGGAGACGAAGAGACCCCCAGAACGGCAAAAGACACCUCUCGCACCACAAGCUCAGGUUGAGGAAGACCACUCAUCGACCAAGAUAGCGCUACCUUUUGCAGAUACUCCUGUCAUACGAAAAAACAAGGCCAUGCGAGAAAGGAAAAGUGGAAAAGGUGAACGAAGGAGCAGUCUCGGUCUUAGGGGCCGGCGAGCGAGCUCCCUUAUAGAUACUGGUAAUUCCAACGCUCUUCCACACAGCGAGGUAGAAGUGGCCGACUUUUACAAGCAUAUCGAAAGUGAAGGUCUUCCUGAGCCACGGAGAAUGCGCCAACUUCUGACCUGGUGUGCGACAAGAGCAAUGGGUAACCAAUCGGGGGUCCCACCACACGCACAUCCUGAAUAUGAGGACCAGAGUGCGCAUCUCGCAGCCCGUGUGAUACAGGAGGAGUUGCUCAAAGACUUUGCCAAUCGAUCAGAAAUGUCCGAUUGGUUUGGCAGAGAAGAGGCGCAGAAGCCUGAAGAAACAUUACCCCUAAGACCAAAUCCAAAGAAUGCGCAAAAUACGAUAAAGAUUGAAGAGCUGGAAGCACAAAUAAGAAGGCUGAAAUCCGAACGAAAGUCUCUUGAAGCCCUCUUGCGACCUCCUUCGAUCCCGAGUGUACCUCGAGAUAAUCCUCGAUCGUCAUCGCAUGUCAACCCUCCUACGCUCCAUAACUCCCUCCUUUCACACUCAGAUAUUUCCAUCCUUGAAACUUUAAACACAAGCUCUGCCUCUACCGCUACCAUCUCAUCCCGCAUCAACAAUCUCAGUGCUACAAUAGGACCCUCUAUAGACGCAUUCGCAGAUGGUAUCCAUAAGGUCGCGCAGUAUAGAGAUGCGGCAGAACGGGUCUCAAGCCGUGUGUUAAGUAUAUGCGCGCAAAAGCUGGAGGAAAGAGAUAAAGAGGGCAGACGGCGUGCUGUUGGAGCAGCGGGAGACGUGUCUGAUGAUCUGACUGGUGUUCUGAGGAGUUUAAGCAAGAUUGAGAGGUGA